AGCAAGUAUUUUUGAUUUAGUACGAUUUUGUAUCAAAAAUAUUUUAACUUGUGUGCUUAGCACCAGCGAAAGGCAUAUGGAGGUGUGUCUUUGACGGGUUUUCUAGGAUCUAGCCGGUUUUUGGUCUCCGGUGGAUCUGUCUGGAUUGAACCGACACUCGUGGUCUUCUGAGUUUUUACAUGCCGUUUUCGACGGGAUUUUCCUCCGAGACAACUUCUACAAGAUUUUGGGUUUACAAGAUUGCUCCGCUGGGACGGAGGGCCAGAGGCAACAACAAGUUUUGCUCACGGCGCACUAUUGAUGGAUCCUGAAGGAAAAGGACGCCUUUAAAAAAAGAUGCAGUUUUUAAAGAAAAAAUAAAUAGCAUUUUCACUAGGCCACCAAAAGAAAAGAAAAAAUAUUUACAGACUUCAAGUAAAAAUGAAUGCACCUGGAGAAGCGAGACGGCCGCCGCCGGCCGAACUCGUAGCGUCGGCGUCCCCUCGAAUCGACCGUCGGGUCACCUUGCCCCCAUUUAUAGGGGCCGCUCGGCACUCCCGCCUGCAAGUAGUAGCUGAGCGGCCUCGAUGGCGACGCCCCGUUCCCGCCCCUCGGCGGCGGCCCCGCCAGCCGGCACGUCAGGAGGUCUAGCUGCUGCAUUCUCCUCCCACCGCCGAUCCCAUCCCAAUCCCUCUCACGUAGCUCCUCCCACUUUAAUAUUUCCAUUGCUCGCUCAAGUUCUUCCGACCUCACAAAUCCCUUUUUCUUGCUUGCUUCAUUCAGUGAAUUUUUCUGUAUCAGGCCGAUGUUGUUGUCAGAGGCUACAGUGGGUACAACACAAGAUGGGCUAUGUUCUUGAUGCAGCGCGUCUUUCCCCUGGAUGGCUUACCGCCCGUCGCGACGGCUGUAUUCUUCGGUGCCAAUGAUGCGGCGCUUCUGGGACGGUCAUGCGAGCGAAACCAUGUUCCAGUUGUGGAGUUUAAAGAGAAUCUCAGAGCCAUGGUUAAUCAUCUCAAGGAUUGUUCCAAGUCCAUGGUGAUUUUGCUUAUCACCCCACCUCCUGUUGAUGAAGACGGAAGAGAAAGAUAUGCACGGUUGGCAUCACUUCUCUUCCUGAAUUAUUCAUGUUUGUUUUAUAAAAUUUAG